UAUGGAGCCACGGGGAGGAUUAUGAGUUGGGUGUUGUGGGGAUAUAGGAAGGGUUAUGGGGACACGGGGUGUUGCAGGGAUGUAGGUACGUUUUGAGAGCAUAGGGAAUGGUUAUGGGGGCAUGGGCAUGGGAAGGGUUAUGGGAAUGUGAGGUUAUGGGGAGAUUAGGAGGUUAUGGGGAGGGAACUGGUGUUUAUGGGAGUAAGGUUAUAAGGCCUGGGAGGUCAUAGGGACAUAGAGGAGUUAUGAGAACAAGGGGGUGGUUAUUGGGAUGAGGAUGGUUUAUGGGAAUGGAAAGGGUUAUGGGGACGUAGGGAGGGUUAUGGGCUUUAUUGGGAUUGGGGGUGGGCUUUAAUGAGAUAUGGGAAUGGGCUGGCUGUGGAGACAUGGAGAGGGUUAUGGGGUAUGGUUAUGGGGACAUGGGGAAUGGAGAUGGGGAGUGUUAUGGGGAAUGGGAAGGAGAACAUGGGGGAGGGUUAUGGGGACAUUAGGAAGGUUAUGGGGAUGUGAGGUUAUGAGGACUCUGGGGGAGGUUAUGGGGAUGUGAAGUUGUGGGGACAUGAGGUUAUAGGGAUGGGGGGAUAUGGGGUAGAUGGCCAUUUGUGGGGAUGAAGUUAUAGGGACAAGUUAUCCCACCUCCUGCAGGAUGAAGGAGUGGUGGGUGCAGGUGGGGCUGCUCAGCGUCCCACUCCUGGCCGUGUACCUACACAUCCCACCCCCACGGCUCUCCCCAGCGCUGCUCUCCUGGAAGGCCUCUGGAGCUUUCUUCACCUACAAACACCAAAGCAUCUUCUACAGAGAUUCCACUGGUGCUGUGGGCAGCUCCGACAUUGUCAUCCUCCUGCAUGGCUUCCCAACCUCCAGCUAUGACUGGAGCAAGAUAUGGGAAGGACUGACCCAACGCUUCCACCGGGUGAUCGCUCUGGAUUUUGUAGGGUUCGGGUUCAGCGACAAGCCUAGGCCCCACCACUACUCCAUCUUUGAGCAAGCCAGCAUCGUCGAGCGGCUGGUCCGUCACCUCGGCCUCCACCACCAGAGGAUAAACCUCCUGUCCCACGAUUACGGGGAUACGGUUGCACAGGAGCUGCUCCACAGGUAUGAGCACAAUAAAACUGGCAGCAUCCUGAUCAACAGCCUCUGCUUGUCCAACGGAGGAAUUUUCCCCGAAACGUACUACCCCAGAUUCAUACAGAAGGUUCUCAAGGAUGGGGGCUUGCUGUCCCCCAUCAUCACGAGGCUGAUGAACUUCUUCUUCUUCUCCAGAGGGCUUGGCGCAGUCUUUGGGCCGUACACACAGCCCUCACAGGCAGAGUACUGGGACAUGUGGACGGCGGUGAGGACCAACGACGGCAAUCUCGUCGUGGACAGUAUUUUGCAGUACAUAAACCAGAGGAAGAAGCACAGAGACCGCUGGGUCGGGGCUUUGAUGUCCACCUCUGUCCCACUGCAUUUAAUUUACGGGCCCCUGGACCCUGUGAAUCCACACCCAGAGUUUCUCCAGCUUUACAAAAAAAUGCUUCCCAUGUCCACAGUGUCGGUGCUGGAUGACCACAUCAGCCACUACCCCCAGCUGGAGGAUCCAACAGGCUUCCUGAAUGCAUAUUUGAACUUCAUCAACUCCUUCUGAGCUGCUGCAGCUCUGUUCUCUCUGUUUACAGCUCAAGAGACCUUGAGCUUUAUCUCCAGAUAUAAGACUUUGAAUCUGUAAACCCUCAAAGUAUAGACAGUAUAGAUGCUGUACUUGCAACUGUCAAGGGGCAUCUAAGCACCCUAAUUUUGGCUUUGGUAAUCUCUUCUUACAUGGAAGUCAGCACAAGGUCCCUCCUUCCCCCUUUAUUUCCAGGACUUUUCACAGCUUGAAGCCCAGGAGAAAGCUGCAGUGGUGUUUGGUACAAUCUGAUAAGGUUCAGAGACUUGAUAUUCCACAGUGCAAAAGGAACAUGCCAUUCAAAGGUGAAGUUUAAUCUCUAUAUACAUCGGGUUUUUUGGUCUCUAUUUGACACAAAUUGUUUUAAAAAUUGUACAUUUAUGGGCUAGCAGA